GUGAUUCAAUACCGCGCAGUCGACAAUACACGCCAGUUACAGGACAUCGAAACAUCAGGCAUGGCGGAAGAAAGCAGCAACGAAUACACGCCCCUUGACUUAAGUAUGAAGGGCAAAGCAACACCAAGUACAAGCAGUGACGGUACCCAGGACGCUUCAUCUACAUUGGGCGUCUACAAUACGAUUUCUGACGAUGCCUUGCGUUACCAGGGAAACAGGCAGCACACACCGACGACCGACGAGACUUGCAGCGUCGACGGUGUCACUGACAAUAGAAGCACAAGUUCGCAGCCCCUGGAGUCCAUCAGCAAUAUCGAUAAGGCAAUGCCCAGCACAUACCGCGCUGGCAUGGAGCAAGCAUCAGCGAAUUCUGAAGACAGCGUUACGAAUGCUUCUGGAACCGGAGGAAGGGAAAAGCGAGAGUUGUGCGGUAACUGUGGUAAUGUUUGCAGCAGACCGGAUGCCUUACACGGGCACGCCAAGGAACCCACGGAUGACGCAGCCCACAUUUGCAAAGCAUGUGAUCAAUCAUCUGUGAAGAAGUCUAACUCUGUAGAACAUUGCCGCAACAGUACUGACAAAAAACACAUAUGCGAAACCUGUGGUAGACAGUUCCGCCGGGCGAAUUACCUAACUAAACAUUACCGCACGCACACAGACGAGCGACCCUACAAAUGUAAAAUCUGUCAUAAGUCAUUCCGGCAGUCUACUCAUCUAGAAGACCAUAAGCGCACGCAUACAGAUGAGAGACCCUACAAAUGCCAAAUAUGUAAUAAAUCUUUCCGCGUGUCUUGUCAUCUAGACAACCAUAAGCGCCAGCACACAGGUGAGAAACCCUACAUUUGCAAAGCUUGCGGUAAAUCACACACGCGGGCGACAAAUCUCCGUAGACAUGAGCACGCUCACGCAAACAUGCGCAAGCACAACGUUUUUGUGGAAACGUUGGGGGCGAACGCUAUGUCCGAAGUUGUCCCUGACAAUGGCAUCACAACUUACCAGCAACUGGGGUGCGUCAGCAGAAUCGAAAACGCACGGCCCAGCACAAUCCGCGCUGACAUGGAUGGAGCGUCAGCCAAUUUUGAAGACGGCGCCACAAUUCCCGAGAGCGUCAGGGUUCACCAAGAAAACAGACAGUACCAACCAGCUGAAGACACAUCCACCACCCACCGGCAUACAGACAAGAUAGAAACCGGAAGUACCCGUUUCACACUUCCGGUCUGCCGCAGCAGCGGCGGCGGCGAUUACGCAGUGGCCAUUACGAGACAGACUUGCACAGAGGAAGCAUCAGGCACUUCGGGAAACGACGCUAGGAAUGCAACUGCAACCGGCGGAAUGGAACAGCAAGAGUCCUGCGGUGUCAGAGCAUAUGAUGAAUCGUCUGCCAAGAAGUCGAAACACAAAUGUGAAACAUGUGGUAAACUUUUCAACGGGGCUCGCAAUCUAUCUGCACAUUACCGCACGCAUACCGGCGAGAAACCUUACAAAUGUGAAAUAUGUGAGAAAGCAUUCGCGGACAAGUCGACUUUCCGUAAUCAUAAACGAAUUCACACAGGCGUGAAAACCCAUAUAUGCCAAAUAUGUACGAAACCAUUCAUAAGAAAAGCGGAACUUAAGAGCCAUCUCAUAUCACACAGUAACGACAGACCUUUGGUUUGCGACAUAUGUAAUCUCUCCUUUAAGUGCAACUCGUAUCUCCGAAGUGUCUACAAGUUCGACUUCGUGCUCAGUGUGUGA